GGGCGAACGACAAAGUUACGCCGGAUGAAACCACACGCCGUGCUGCUCCUGUUGUUGAUGUGUUGGUUCACAUCCGCCGGAAGGAUUCCCAACACGUCGGCCAGUUCCGUUAUCGGGGACGAAAAUGGCCCACUGAUAGACGUCCAAACGGCGGUCGGGCUGGACGUGUCCUUGCCGUGCGAUCUGCUGCCAACUACAAUGACCAUGAUGACGGACAAGGUCUACUUGGUCAUCUGGUACAAGGAGGGCAACACAAAGCCAAUUUACUCGUUCGACGCGCGGGGUAAGAGCCUCCAGCAGGCCAUCCACUGGUCGGACGAGGCGGUGCUCAAAUCGAAGGCGUACUUCUACUACGACACCAGUCCACCGGCCCUUCGGCUCAAGGGCGUCAAGCAGGAGGAUGCCGGACUGUACAGAUGCCGAGUGGAUUUUCACAAAUCGCCCACGAAAAACUGUCGGAUCCUUCUCGACGUGCUGGUGCCACCGACGAAGAUAACGAUCCUGGAUGAGAAAGGGGCGGCGGUCGCGAACAACGUCGUCGGUCCGUACCGGGAAAGCGCGGACGUUAAUCUGACCUGCAUCUCCAGCGGGGGCCUGCCGACGCCAAAGGUGACCUGGUGGCGCGAGCACGCCCUGCUGGACGACUCCUUCCUCGUGCUGCCCGAUGGCACCGUCAAGAACGUUCUCUAUCUGGAGAAGCUGUCGCGCCACGACCUACACUCGGUCUAUACGUGCCAAGCCAGCAACGGGCACGUCGUGCCGCCACUUUCCAGCGCCGUCAAGUUGGACAUGAAGCUGCCACCGUUGUACGUGCGGAUGCAGGGCCUACGGGAAACGCUGACGGCGGGCGUCAAGACGCAGGUCUCCUGCAUCACGGCCGGAAGUCGCCCCGCCCCGAGCGUCGUCUGGACGAAGGGAUCAUCCGUCAUCCGUGGUUCAUCACAAACGACGUCCAACGACGGAAAUGUCACCGUAUCGGAGCUGGUGUUCGUGCCCGGUCCGGAGGAUAAUGAAAAAUCAAUUACAUGCUCAAUUAGCUACAGCGAAGGCGACGGACCGACCGUCUCGCUGAAGGAUACCCACGUGCUGAAUGUGAAGCACGUUCCGGUGAUAUCGCUGGCGCUCGGUGCGCCACUGAACUCGCAAAACCUGAUGGAGGGCUCGGACGUGUACCUCGAGUGCGAUAUCAAGGCGAACCCGCCGGUGAAGAAAAUCGAGUGGUUUCACAACAAUAAAUUACUACAAUCGGCCCGUGGGAUCAUCGUCUCCAAUCAGACGCUCGUCCUGCAGAGCAUCACGAAGUCAACCCACGGCGAGUACAUGUGCCGGGCGUCGAACAGCGAGGGCACCGUCAACAGCAAUCAACUUUAUUUGGACAUCAAAUAUCCACCGGUGUGCAAAUCGGAAGCGCAAAUAAUACGGGCGGCGGUGAAGCAAACGGUGAACAUAACCUGCGAUAUCGACGCCAAUCCGAUGCCAAAUCUACUGUUCCGGUGGCAGUUUAACAACUCGCUCGAGAGCAUGCUCGAGCUGCCGCCGUACACGAACGUCGAGUCGGAGGCGGCCAACCUGGCGCUGGCCGAAAUCGACCUGGAGACGAACCACAUGGGUCCCAGCCUGGAGGAGAUGGUCCGGCGGAAGCUGGAACGGCUCGAGCACUCCGUCCGGCAGCAACAGCAGCAGCAGCAGCAGCAGCAACACCUGCAUCUUCACUCGGGAUCGUACAAGGACGAGUCGGUGCCUCUGGUGGACGGCCAGCUGUACAUGUACCGGGUGGAUACGUUCAACAGCUUCGGCACGAUCACAUGCACCGCGACGAACUCGUACGGACAGAGUGGCCACUGCGCCUAUCACAUACUCGUGGCAGAUGUACCUGACCCCAUCAAGAGCUGCACCGUCUCGAAUGUAACCGCGUACACAGUGCACAUUUCCUGUAUCGCCGGAAAAGACGGUGGCAUACCGCAGCAGUUCCAUAUCGACGUGUUUGAGGAGUCGAAACGGAAGCUACUGCAAAGCAUCAGUUACCAGAGUGCGGAAAUGCUGCUGAAGAAGCUGCCGAGCGACACGAAGUUUAUCAUUAAGAUCACGCCGUACAACCUACAGGGAACGGCCCCAACGAGCUACCGGGUGAAGGCACAGACGCUUCCGGCGCCCCUGCUAAGGACGGCACCAUCGAAGGCCGUCCUCGUGCAGCUAACGCCUCUGCUCGGUGCUCUCGUCGGGGCUGCCGUAACGCUUUGCCUGGUGGCCCUUUGCAUCAUUGUUUUCGUAAAGUUCAAAACGAAGAAGAAGCACCAUCAGACGGCAAACACCGAGCAGGAUAAGGGUAGCGCCGAGCCGCUGAGCCGCAACAUCGGCAGCCACUCCAGCAUCGACGACAAGAACCCGGACGUGAUACCGCACGAGAAUAGCGAGGACGACGACGAGAAGCAGUUCGAGCGGCUCGCGCUGAACACCGAGAGCUUAAAGUUCACGACGCCGGCCUCGACCGGGGCGGCCUACUCGCCGACGCACCAUCACCUCAUGUCACCGACCGGGAACGGGUUCAAGAAGUUUGGAGAGCUUUCGCUAACGACCAAUCCGGGCUACGCGAUAUACAGCUCGCCGGUGCGAAGUUACGCCAAGCCGAGCGCGGGUCCGCAGCUCGGCUCGCUGCUGCUGUCGACGGCGGGCCCGCAAGGGACGACGACCACCUCGGCGACGGCGGGCGGCGGGCUCCUGCUCAGCUCCACGUGCCCUCCGAGCGCCACCUCGCCGAGCUCCGGCGUCGGUGGCGUCCUGCCGACGCGCACCUCGCCCAACAUCUACACAAGACUGCCCCUGCGGGACUUCACGCCGAACAGCUACGACAGCAUGCUCAGCACCUCGCAGACCACCUCCUGCUCGUCGUCGUCGAACGGGGGCUACGGCGCGACGCAAAUCUACACCGCCAAGAUGCCACUGCUGACGACCAACUAUAGCACGCUGGACAGCACGGUGGGACCGGGCGGGUUGGCCGUGGACAAGUGUUGA